AUGUGUAUGCUUUCUAAGCUUUCCAAUAGAGAACUGGUCAAAUUGAUCAAGCAAAAAUGCAUCCCCCCACUGUUGCCCAAGUUCCACAAGGGCCAAUCUGGUGGCAGGGUGUGUAUCAUAGGAGGGUGCGAGGAUUACACCGGUGCGCCCUACUUCAGCGCAAACGCUACUGCACUGGUCGGCUGCGAUUUGACACAUGUUGUGUGUGAGCAAAACGCGGCUACGGUUAUCAAAUCGUACUCCCCUAAUCUGAUGGUGCAUCCGUACCUGAAAGCGGACGGGCAGGGAAGUGAAAUGGGGAAGAUCAAGAGUCUGUUAUCAAGGAUCCAUGUUGUGGUGAUUGGUCCCGGUCUAGGUAGAGACGCGAGCAUGCUAGACGCUGUGAAGAGAAUCAUUGGUCACUUGCUGACGGAGCACGGAGGCGAGAUCCCCAUUGUGAUUGAUGCGGAUGCGUUAUACUUGGUCAGUCAGGACAAAGAGGUCAGGGAAACGCUUGCGAAGUUCCCCCAGGGUCGUAUUAUUUUGACGCCAAACGUAGUCGAGUUCAAGAGACUGUACGACGCUGUGGUGACUAACGAAUCGACAGCGGAGGCACCGGAAGCUGCCAAUAACGAUGAGAACUUACAAGGGUAUGAGAUUGCCCAGCGAAUGAACUGCGUUGUCAUCCAGAAGGGUCUACAGGACAAGAUUUUCUCCCCCGCUGGCAAAAACGAGUUGCUGGUCAACGAACAAACGGGCAGUAACAAGAGGGUUGGUGGGCAAGGAGACACGCUCACGGGUACCAUUGCUUGCAUGCUCAGCUUCAGCCGUGCCAUGUUCGAUUUCAAACUCUGCGGCGACCCAAGUGCGGGUGAGGGCCCCCACUUGCGGUGGGUGGACUACGCAAUGCUGAGUUGCUACGCUGGCUGUUCUAUCACGAGAGAGUGCGCCCAUCAAGCGUUCAAAGCCACAGGCCGUGCGAUGCAGACAACAGACUUGAACGACCGUGUGGGCCAGGUGUACCACAAGCUGUUUGAGUGA